AGUAUCUUGUGAGAUUCUGGCCCGCCAAGUCCCACUGCGAGUACCUGGGUACGGCGCAUGGGCGCAGUACCAGCAGGUCACCCACCCGUUCUCGAGGUUCCAUGUUGCCCCCUCGAGGCUAGGAUCCAUGGGGUUCCCGCGCGUUCCCAGCAGAUCGCUCAGUGGGUUCCGCUGAAGCCCCCCAAGCUUGGAAGUACCAGUGGUACCUUUUUUUUUUUUUGGCUCUGGGGUCCCAGCCUGGCCGCCUGGCCCUGCUGAAGAGGAAACUUUUAGGUCAUCACUUCCAGGUAUGACCUGCUACAAGAUUCAGCUAUAUAAAUGGCCGGCCGGCCGCCAUCGGCUGACUCCCUUUUUGCCUGCUAUCCCAACCACACCUUGUUGUGUUUGAAUGUCCCUUUCCCCAAGCUCCUCUUCGUGAUCGUUUCCUCUCUCAAUGGGCCGUAGUAUUCUGCAGUCUGUUGUGAUUUCUUUGUCGUCGUCAUCCAAUUGUCACGUUAGGUAGCGCGUGCCCACUUCCGGUCAUUCAUCACCACCACCGCCCACUUACAAACGUCAUCGCCGGUUUUAACUCUCGCCGUCAAGCCGGACCCACGCUUUCUUCAAAGACGGAGGAUACCACCACCAUCUUCGAGACCACCACCAGUACCAGAACCCAACAUGCUUUCGUACGACUCAGCCAUCUCCUUGAAGGGACAAACCCCGGGGUCACCAGCUAUUUCCAACGGCCACCAAAACAUCCCCCCAUCACCAAGCACCAUGAGACUCCCAACAUCAUCUUUGUCGAAUGGUGUGCGUACCAACGGCAAUGUCUCUUCGUCACUAUCCAAAAAUGAGCAGCGCCACAUCUGGCUCGUUACUGGCCCCGCCGGCUGUGGAAAGAGCACUGUUGCCAAGUACCUGGCCACUGUUCUUCAUAUGCCAUAUAUCGAGGGUGAUGAGUUCCACCCACAAGCCAACAUCGACAAGAUGAGCGCUGGCAUUCCCUUGACGGAUGCUGAUCGGUGGGACUGGUUGACGGCUCUCCGGGAGGCUUCCCUCAAGGAGCUGGAACGUGGAAACAGAGGCGUGGUGUUGACUUGCUCUGCUUUGAAGCGCAAGUACCGCGAUGUCAUCCGUGUCGCCCCCUAUUUCUCGCCCAACCUCCAUCUCCACUUCAUCUAUCUGGAUGCGUCCGAGGAGCUCCUCUUGCAAAGGGUGAUGGCUCGCAAGAACCAUUACAUGGGAGCCAACAUGGUCCACAGCCAAUUCGAAGUCUUGGAAAGGCCAACCACGGAUGAGGUCGAUGUUAUUAGCAUUGACGUCAGUCGCCCAGCCGAAGCUGUCAUGGCUGAGGCUCUAGACCGAGUCCUGGACACGAUGGAGACCGUCGCGGCAGAAGCCCAGAGAAAGUGACGUGCAUGCCGAAAUGAUGGGUGGGACAAGCAAAGCCGUAGCUGCAUGGCGCUAAGAGUCACCGCCCGGGGGGUGGAUGGGAAAGGGUUGGGUUUUGUCAGUCAGCCCCACCGUCACAUUGGGAAAGGAGUUUUGUCUUGAACGACAAUCGUCUUUCUCUGACACAUGAAUUGUGGUGGCGAAACAGAUUGCUUUUUUUUGUCGAUUUUUAUCUUGCGGCGCAAUCGUUCUUGGGAAGCCGGAGCAACAGAAGGGGGUACUUGGGAAGAUGGACCAGCACUGACUUGUUUGGAUCAAUCCAUUACUUUGCAUUUGACGAAGCAUGGCUGAGUCCAUGUCUUUAGUCGUGGGCGUUUAAAAAAUCUCUGGGAAUUUAACAUACAUAGUAUAGGUAAUUUGGUUGAUGGGUGGAAGGAUGGCGACGGGGUUUGGUAAGGUAUUGGACCUACCUGAGGUU